CCUUGCUCUUAUGUUGAGAGAGGAUACUGCAGGUCGGACUAUCCAUCACCUUUACCGCUCAGCCCGAUGGAGCUGCUUAUAUCACCGUAGACAAUUUGGAAAUGGAAUCGAAUGGAAAAUGAGUCCAGUGCAUAAACUGCACUCAGAACGAUCUUAACACUGAGGAACUUUUUCUGGCGUCGCUUGGGAUUUGUUCUUAUAAUUAAACAGUGGCUUGAACACAAAAUGAGUAACAUCUACGAGUCUGCUGCCACCACGCUGGGCCUCUUCAACAGCCCAUGUCUGACAAAAGUGGAGCUCCGUGUGGCCUGUAAAGGAAUAUCUGACAGAGAUGCUCUGUCCAAGCCUGACCCCUGCGGCGUCCUCAAGAUGCAGUCCCACGGACAGUGGUUUGAGGUGGACCGGACAGAAGUGAUUCGCAGCAGCAUCAGUCCUGUUUUCUCCAAAGUCUUCACCGUGGACUACUAUUUUGAGGAAGUGCAGCGCCUCCGUUUUGAGCUUCAUGACAUCAGUAGCAACCAUAAUGGACUCAAAGAGGCAGACUUCCUGGGCGCCAUGGAGUGCACACUCGGACAGAUUGUAUCACAGAGAAAACUGUCCAAAGCUUUAUUGAAGCAAGGAAACACAGCUGGCAAAUCAUCUAUCACAGUCACAGCUGAAGAGCUGUCUGGGAAUGAUGAUUACGUGGAGCUCGCCUUCAGUGCCAAGAAACUGGAUGACAAGGACUUUUUUAGCAAGUCAGAUCCAUUUCUGGAAAUCUUCAGAGUGAAUGAUGAUGGCACAGCAUCACUGGUGCACAGAACAGAGACCAUUAUGAACAAUCUGAGUCCUGUCUGGAAAUCAUUCAAAGUUUCUUUAAAUACACUCUGCAGUGGAGACCAUGAGCGGGAGUUAAAGUGUACAGUAUGGGACUGGGAUUCAAAUGGCAAGCACGACUUUAUAGGAGAAUUUCAAACCACCUUCAAGGAGAUGAAGGCGGCGAUGGAUGGGAAGCAGGCAUCAUCACAAGAGAAACUACAAACUGAUCUUGGCCAAAAGAUCCAGUGGGAGUGUAUUAACCCUAAGUACCAAGUGAAGAAGAAGAAUUACAGAAAUUCUGGAAUGGUAAUUCUUACCAUGUGCAAGAUCAUAAAGAUGCACUCUUUCCUGGAUUACAUUAUGGGAGGAUGUCAGAUUCAAUUCACAGUGGCUAUUGAUUUCACUGCCUCAAAUGGUGACCCUCGAAACAGCUGCUCCCUCCACUACAUCCACCCUUACCAGCCCAAUGAGUACCUCAAAGCGCUGAUCGCUGUUGGGGAGAUCUGCCAGGACUACGAUAGCGACAAAAUGUUUCCUGCUUUUGGCUUUGGAGCCCAAAUCCCACCAGACUUCAAAGUUUCGCAUGAUUUUGCUGUGAAUUUUGAUGAGGACAACCCAGAAUGUGCUGGUAUACAAGGUGUUGUUGAGGCUUAUCAGAACUGCCUCCCGAAAAUCCAGUUGUACGGUCCCACUAAUAUUGCUCCCAUCAUCCAGAAAGUUGCCGACUCUGCCUCUGAGGAGAUGCAUACCAAAGAGGCCAUGGAAUACUUUAUACUGCUAAUCCUGACGGAUGGAGUGAUCACAGAUAUGGCAGAUACACGAGAGGCCAUCGUUCACGCAUCCCACCUGCCCAUGUCCGUCAUCAUUGUCGGCAUAGGCAACGCAGAUUUCAGCGACAUGCAGAUGCUGGACGGUGAUGAUGGAAUCCUCCGCUCUCCUAAAGGAGAACCCGUCCUGAGGGACAUCGUGCAAUUUGUGCCCUUCCACAACUUCAAACAUGCCUCUCCUGCAGCGCUGGCUAAAAGUGUGCUGGCUGAGGUUCCCAAUCAAGUGGUGGAUUACUACAAUGGAAAAGGCAUCAAGCCCAAAUGCCUGUCGGACUUUGAGUCUUCCAGAGCGUUCAGUCCCUGAGCUACGCACAGCCAUAUCCGUCUCAACUUCAAGAUAUCUUCAUUGAUCAUUUCAGAGCUUGCUGCAUCAGAAUAAGAAUCAACAAGCAUCCUUGUUGUUGUUGUAUUUUUUUCCACACAGGUUUCCAAUAGCAUUGGGCAAAAAUGUCCUUAGCUUUCCAUAUUUACCUUUUAUGAAGUUGUUAGCUAUAUUAAAGGUGCACUCAGUCAUUUUUUUGUUUUGGGUUCCCUCACUAAUAUGGCAGUUGUCUUGGAAGAGUUGUAUUCAGUCAUAUGAUCUCUACAUGGAGACCUGCUCUCAUGUGAGAUGAUUUUAAACAUUUCUAAAAAGUAUUAUUAUGUAUAAAAUGAUUUAAUGUUGUUGAAAUCACUGAAUCCACCUUUAACAUAACAACGGGAAAGAUUAAUAUCAUUGCAACCAAACCAAUCUGCUGUCACCUACUCUGUGUAAUUAAAAGGAAAGCCGAAAGAAUGAAACAUUCAA